AUGACUGCUGUAGCAGCUGUGGUCUCCUAUCCCUCUGAUACAAUAAGGAGGCAAAUGAUGAUGCAGUCUGCGCGAAAAGGAGUUGGUAUCAUGUACACUGGGACAAUUGACUUCUGGAAGAAGACUGCUAAAGAUGAAGGUGGCAAAGCUUUCUUCAAGGGUGCCUUGUCCAAUGUUCUUAGAUGUGCCAUCAGUGGCGCCGGCCAUGCUGGGCCACCUGCAGAGCCGCAGCUCCCCAGGCUGCCCCGGGUAGCCACCCCCAACGAGAACCACGAGAACGUGCACCCAGACGAGCGCAGCAGCCUCAAGCCCGCCCAGACACGCACCGUGCUGGGUGUGCUGUGGGCCAACGUGCAGGCCCCAGGCCCUGGACACAGCCUGGGCCCGGCGGCCACCUUGGUGCUGCAAAAGUCCAAGAGCCGCAAGGUGGCUGUGCCCCUCCACAAUGUCCAGGUCCAGGAGGAGCAGGCUCCCAUCCCUCCCUGGAACGCCACCAGCAAGCAGCCGGCUUUUACCAUUCACGGGGAUGAGCCCGAGGCGGACAAUGGCAAGAAGCCCCCCGGCCCUAGGAAGGAGGACUCGGAGGACUCGGUGCUGGGCUUCCACUCAGCCGUGUCCCUGCAGGACGCCAGGAAGCCUCUGGUAUCCCUCAACUACCUGAUGGACGGCAGCUUUGAAUCUCCCCUUACUAUGGACAUGUCAGUGGUACUGGAACUGGAAGAAAAGCCACCAAAUGUCAACGAAGUCCCCGACUGCCAUGAAGACAUCUAUCCGUACCUUAGGGAAAUGGAGGUUAAGUGUAAGCCCAAGGUGGGCUACAUGAAGAAGCAGCCCGACAUUACCAACAGCAUGCAAGCCAUCCUGGUGGACUGGCUGGUGGAGGUGGGGGAGGAGUAUAAGCUCCGGAAUGAGACUGUGAACUACACUGAUAGGUUCCUGUCCUCCAUGUUGGUGCUUUGGGGGAAGCUUCAGCUGGUUGGGACUGCUGCCAUGCUCCUGGCCUCAAAGUUUGAAGAGAUCUACCCUCCAGAAGUGGCAGAGUUCGUGUACAUCACAGAUGACAUGCACACCAAGAAGCCGGUCCUGAGAAUGGAGCACCUGGUGCUCAAAGUGCUGGCCUUCGACCUGGCUGCACCAACACUCAACCAGUUUCUCACUCAGUAUUUCCUACAUCAGCAGCAUGCCAAUUCUAAAGUGGAAAGUUUAGCGAUAUUUCUGGGAGAGCUGAGUUUAAUUGAUGCUGACCCAUACCUGAAAUACUUACCAUCAGUUACUGCAGGAGCUGCCUUUCGUAUAGACCUGUACACGAUCACUGGCAAAAGCUGGCCUGAGUCAUUAACCCAACAAACAGGAUACACCUUGGAAAGUCUUAAACCAUGUCUAAUGGACCUCCACCAGACCUACCUCAGGGCACCGCAGCAUGUGCAGCAGUCUAUAUGAGAAAAAUACAAGACAGCAAAGUACCGUGGUGUAUCCCUCAUCAACCCUCCAGAGACACUAAACUUAAAGUGA